UCAUGUGUCAACUAUUAUUUGCGGCUUUCCUCCGGCAAGAGGGCAAGAGGUUAAAAAAUAAAAAUUAUUAUUAAUCAAGAAAAACCGAAGAAAAGACUUUUGACUGUGGAAAAGUUGUUAGUAAUAUAUUAUAGGAUUUGAGAAAACUCCAAUCUGUUAUAACAUUUAAAAAUCUUUUGUCGUAAUUGGCGAAACGAAGUAAUAAAAAUGUAUUCAAGAAUUGGAUGUUUGUCAAGCAGGCUUCAUAGAAAAUUUAGCCCUUCUAGUCAUAAAAAAUAUAGUAGUGGAAUUCUGAAUAAGAAAGAAAAUACUUCUAAAGGUAUAUUACCUGGCAAACUUUACCAUGGCUUUAUUUGUAUGGAUAUGGAAACAAUAAAAGAAUAUAACAUGACUGCAUAUCUCUUGACUCAUGAGAAAACUAAGACUGAGUACCUGCAUUUAGAGAGAGAUGAUGCCAACAAUGUGUUUUCGGUUGGCUUCAGAACUACACCUCAAGACUCAAUGGGUACACCUCAUAUUUUAGAACAUACAGUUUUAUGUGGUUCGGAAAAGUAUCCUGUCAGAGACCCUUUCUUCAAAAUGCUAAACAGAUCUCUUGCUACAUUUAUGAAUGCUUUAACAGGGCCAGAUUAUACAUUUUAUCCAUUCUCCUCUCAAAAUGAAAUAGAUUACAGAAAUUUGCAAAAGGUAUAUUUAGAUGCUGUGUUUAAACCAAACUUAGAAAGAUUAGACUUUUUACAAGAAGGUUGGAGAUUUGAGCAUGAAAAGUUAGAAGAUAAAUCAUCACCAUUGUUGUUUAAGGGUGUUGUCUAUAAUGAAAUGAAAGGAGCAUUUUCAGAGACCAGUUCAUUAUUUGGACAAAAGUUUUUAAAUUCAAUACUUCCCAAAGGUACAUACGGUAAUGUCUCAGGAGGAGAUCCGUUAUGCAUUCCCAAAUUGACACAUUCUCAUUUGAAAAAUUUCCAUGCUACUUAUUAUCAUCCAAGCAAUGCAAGAAUUUAUUCAUAUGGUAAUUUUCCAUUGGAACAUAAUUUGAAAUUUUUGAAUGAAAAUUAUUUAAGUAAGUGUGAGUACUUGGAUCCUAACAAUACCAUUGUUAAUCCUCAAGAAAGAUGGAGAAUGAGUCAGAGAACAAAUAUUUCUUGUAGAGUAGACGAGUAUGGUGGACCUAUUGAGAAACAAAAUCAAAUUGCAAUUGGUUAUGUAAUGUCAGACAUUACAAAUGUAUAUGAAACAUUUAUGAUGACAGCUCUUGCUGAAUUGAUGGUAAUAGGACCAAAUUCGGCAUUUUACAAAAGUCUAAUUGAAAAAAAUAUAUCUGGAGGUUAUAAUGCUCUUACUGGUUAUGAUAAUCAAAUUAGAGAUACUUUAUUUGUUGUUGGAUUAAAAGAUGUUGAGAGAACUAAUUUUGAACUCAUAGAGAAGCUUACAAAUGAAACAAUCGAAGAUAUUCAUAAAAAGGGAUUUGAGAGAGAACACAUUGAAAGUGUUCUACAUGGUUUUGAGCUGUCUAUUAAACAUCAAUCACCCAAAUUUGGUCUUAAUGUACUUUUUAACCUAAUGCCUCUUUGGAAUCAUAAUGGUCCUAUUUUAAAAGCACUAAAAGUGAAUGAGUUGUUAGACCAAUUGAAGGCAAACCUACUGGAUUCGCAAUAUGUUAAAGAUGUAAUUGAAAAAUAUUUUAUACUUAAUAACCAUAAAUUAAUAAUGACUAUGCAACCCGAUUCUAAGUUUGAUGAUAUCUUUAAUGAAGCAGAAUCAAAAUUACUUGAGUUUAAAAUAAAACAACUCACUAGUGAUGAAAAGGAACAAAUAUUUAGAGAUGGAAUGGAAUUAUCAAGAUCACAAAAGAAAAUUGAAAAUCUUGAUAUCCUGCCAUGCUUAAAAUUAGAUGAAAUAAUGUUAAGUAAGACAGCACCAACUUUGAAACAUACAGUAUCUGGAACAAUUCCUUUGCAACUGUGUGAAGCAAACACUAAUGGAGUUACGUAUUUCAAAGGAGUUCUAGGAACUGAUAAUUUAAAUGCAACUCAAAAACCCCUAUUGCCAUUCUUUACCUAUGUUAUUGAUAAGUUUGAUACUAAGUCCUUCAACUACAGAGACUUUGAUAAGUAUGUUAGUAAAUCAACAUCUGGGUUAAGCUUCACUACACAUGUAACAGAACAUAUUGAUUUAGAAGAACAAUAUGAACAAGGAGUGCUUAUUAGUAGUCAUUGCCUCGACAAUAAUUUGUCAAAAAUGAUGAAUAUUUGGUCUGAAAUUUUCAAAAAACCUAAAUUUGAAAACAGUGAAAGAAUGAAAAUGUUACUGACAAACUACUGCUCAUCUCUAACCAAUGGAAUUAUAGAUAAUGGUCAUGUCUAUGCCAUGCAGGCUGCUCGCUCGUUAGUUUCAUCCGUAGAUCAAUGUAAGGAGGGUCUUCUUGGUAUCAAACAUGUCAUGAAUAUGCAAGAGCUGCAGAAAAGCCUUAAAAUUGAGGAGAUACAAACCAUUGUUGAUGAUAUAGGCAAAAAUAUUUUAGUAGGUGGAAAUUUAAGAGCAGCCAUCCACUAUUCAAAAGAUAAUAACAAUAUUCACAAAGAAAUAGAUAGAUUCUGUGUGAAACUUUGUGAAAAUCAAGAGUGUAAAGAUGUUAAUAGGAUUAACUUUACAGAUUCGCAAACUCUACCAAAGGAAAACCAAGGUCUUCAUGUAUCAAUGAACAUUCCAGUUAAUUAUUGUGCAAAAGUCAUUCCAACAGUUCCUUACACGCAUGCUGAUUAUCCGAAAUUAAGAGUACUUUCUCGAUUUCUAACCUCCAAAUAUCUCCAUCCAAUAGUGCGUGAGCAGAAUGGUGCUUAUGGAGGAGGUGCUAUGUUGACAAUAGAUGGUAUUUUCAACUUCUACUCAUAUAGAGACCCGAAUUCACGUGUAACAAUGGAUGUGUAUGAUGAUACCACUGAUUGGAUGGCAAAAAAUGAAAGUUUGGUGGACGACCAAAACUUAUUUGAGGCAAAAUUGUCAAUUUUACAACAAAUGGACGCACCCGUCGCUGAAUACAUGAAAGGAAUAGAACUAUUUUUGUACGGUAUGUCAUAUGACAUAUGGAAGACACAGAGGGAGAGAGUUUUAGCUGUAAAGAGAGAAGAUAUACUAGAUGUCUGUCAAAAGUAUUUGACACCAGACAAGUGGGCGGGAAAAUGCGUGAUUGGGGAAGGUGCAUCACAGCAAAUUUGCAAAAGCAACGAAUCCUGGCAGAAAAUUAGCGGACCGCAAGAGAAAGAGAGUUGUUAGGCUUUUUAAGGGCUUGUCAUACAGGUCUGGUACAAUCGGAACUGAAUGUAUUGUUUAAGGUUUAUUGGAUAAAAAUUAAUACUAUUCUGUUCCUUAAAAACUCUGCACUAUUAUGUAGGUACUGAUAUGUGAAGACCAUAUUUAUAAAAAGCAAAGGUCCUUAAGAAGUCGAUACGCACUCAACUCUAUAAAUGUUAUAUAUGUGUGCCCUGUGGUCUCAUAAAAAACGUCUUUGUUAUAAAAAUAUAUUAUUAGUUAAAA